UGCUUCAACCCAUAAGAAAGUGUUGUUUAAUGGUAAAUAGGCCUCCCCUAUUCCAAUUAUAUGAUCUAUUUAAUUUGAAAUUGCACGUGUUUACCUUUUUUUAAAAUUACAAAAAGCUCUUUCGAGAUAAAUAAAUAAAAUAGGUGGAGAAUGAGUUUCUCUAAUUAUAAAUUAGACGUCGAAUAUGGCGACACGGUUAUAAUUUACAUAGGUUACGACAACAUGCUUCAGUUUGAAGUCAUGAAAGGUAAAAUGCAUCAGACGAAGUACGGUGCGGUAAAGCACGAUGAUCUGGUAGGACAGUCGUACGGCAAAAAGCUAUUACUCUCCAGAGGAUUCGUCUACCUACUCCAUCCGACGCCUGAACUGUGGACUGUAACGUUGAAGCACCGGACACAGAUAUUGUACAGCACUGAUAUCAGUCUGAUCGUCUACAACCUAGAUCUGAAGCCUGGCUCUGUCGUCGUUGAAUCGGGUACUGGUAGUGGAUCAUUAUCCCACUCCAUCCUUCGAACAAUCACACCUGGAGGCUGCCUUCACACAUUUGAUUUCCACGAAUUACGUUCAGAAAUUGCAACUAAAGAAUUCAAAAGUCAUGGCUACGACUCAAAAAACGUGGUUUGCAAGCACAGAGAUGUUUGUAGAGAUGGAUUCGAUCUUGAAUCAGUAGCUAAUGCUGUUUUCCUCGACCUUCCUAAACCUUGGCUGGCCGUUCCUUUCGCUAAACAGUCACUCAUUCCAGGUGGUCGCAUAUGCUCUUUUUCACCGUGCAUCGAGCAGGUUCAGAAGACGUGCACUGCCCUGGCCGCCAAUGGAUUCGUAGCCAUUGAAACUUGCGAAUGUUUGAACUGCCCACUUGAAGUGCGCACCAUGAGUCUGCCCAUCCCUGAUUUGGGAUUCAGCAUGGUGGGUCAUGCCAGUGAAUCAAAUAAAAGUCUUCAAGUUCUUUCCACUACUACUAUUACUACUACUACUGGUGCUGUUGUUGCUACAGAUGAUACUACAGCUGGUACUGAUGUUGAGAUAAUGAACAAAAGUUGUCCUGUCAGUAUUAAUGAUGACGAUGAUAAUAAUAAUGUUGGUGAUAGCAAUAUUGAUUCAUCAGGUAGAGAAUGUAAUGAAGAUAACAGCAAUGAAAUGCAGGUCGAUAAUGAAGCAAAAGUAGGAGAACACCACAACAGAGCUGCUCUUACGGCUAAUGUUUCUACUACUGCUGCUACUACCGCUACCAUCAACUAUAAUAAUAACAAUGAAAGUCCCAUUAUUAUUUCUGACUAUUACGUACAUUCGCCACCUAUUGGUCUUAUAACGUUAGAUGAAACUACCAGGAAGAACAAACAACGACCACAAACUCACCAAAGAAAGUUAAAACAUUUCAAGAGUGAUAAAAGGGAAGAAUUAUUUUCAGACAGCAAAGACAUUAAAUUGAAUUCAUCAAGUUAUCAUGCUACUCUUCAGCAGCAUGGCGCCAAACAAAUCACGCAUAAUGACCAUCUAAAAAUGAACUUAACAUUUAAAUCUUGCAUGCCCUCAUUAAGUAGGACAGGUCAUACUGGCUAUCUGACCUUUGCCACUUUGUACCCUUGUUGA